GCACCAGGUCCAAAAUCCUGCGCCAGGUGUGUCUAAUCCAGCGGACCUGUCUGAACGUGCAAUUAACUCGCUAUAACUAGACUGUCUCUCCCAUUAACCUCUCGUAUCGAUGACUUGAUUGGAGCAUCUUGCCGUCCUCGCGACACUACUAUCUCACUUAUACAGCCGAAGCUCUCCCCAAGGAGCGCGUGACGAAAUUCGGUCCGGUCAGGAUGUUCACCUUCACUCCUUUGCUCGGUGCUCAGUCAUCCGCAUCGAAGGCAUCGCAGUCGAUAUUGCAGCUUGAGGGAGGGAUAAAAAUCCUUGUGGAUGUCGGUUGGGAUGACACCUUCGAUCCCCUUGACCUGCAGGAGCUGGAAAAACACGUUCCUACAAUAUCGUUGAUCCUCCUAACUCACGCGACCCCUGCCCACAUCGGUGCCUUUGCCCACUGCUGCAAGACCUUCCCUUCGUUCACUAAGAUCCCUGUCUACGCCACGAGUCCCGUCAUUGCCCUCGGUCGCACACUUCUUCAAGAUCUAUAUGCAUCCUCGCCUCUGGCUGCGACAUUCCUACCCGAAUCCCCGAUCUCGGAAUCUGGAGCAUCCACUUCCGCCGCGUCGGCCGCAGCAUCCGUCGUCGAAGGCGACGAAAGCCCCGAGGCUGCACAUGCAGGUCGCAUCUUGCUCCAAGCCCCCACCGCCGAAGACAUCGCGCGCUACUUCUCGCUGAUUCAUCCAUUGAAAUACUCGCAACCUCACCAACCGCUCCGUUCCCCUUGGUCCCCGCCUCUGGACAGCCUGACCUUGACUGCUUACAAUGCUGGACACACCGUGGGUGGGACGAUAUGGCAUAUCCAGCAUGGAAUGGAAUCUAUCGUCUACGCGGUCGACUGGAACCAGGCCCGCGAGAGUGUCGUGGCGGGAGCGGCGUGGUUCGGCGGCUCGGGUGCAAGCGGGACGGAGGUCAUCGAGCAGCUGCGCAAGCCAACAGCGCUCGUGUGUAGUACCCGCGGAGGCGAGAAGUUUGCUCUCCCUGGCGGACGGAAGAAGCGCGACGACCUGCUCCUUGACAUGAUUCGGAGCACGGUUGCCAAGGGCGGCACGGUCUUGAUCCCGACGGAUACUAGUGCUCGUGUUCUGGAGCUGGUCUAUGCGCUGGAGCACGCCUGGCGCGAUGCAGCGGGCACUGGUCAGGGCGACGAUGUGCUGCGAAAGGCAGGAUUGUACAUGGCGGGCAAGAAGGCCAACACAACCAUGAGACUUGCGAGGAGCAUGCUGGAAUGGAUGGAUGAGAACAUAGUGCGCGAGUUUGAAGCUGCGGAAGGAGUUGAUGCGACAACGGGCCAGGCGCAGUCGAACAACGACGGUCCGCGGUCCGGAGGACAAAACAAGACCGAGGGCAGAGGGGUGGGACCGUUCACAUUCAAGCACCUCAAGAUCAUCGAAAAGAGGAAGCGACUCGAGAAGAUCCUCACCGACCAGACACCAAAGGUAAUUCUGGCCUCUGAUACGUCGCUGGAUUGGGGAUUCGCAAAGGAGUCGCUUCGCCUGGUAGCCGACGGCGCCAACAACCUGCUGCUUCUUACUGAGCCUCUACACAAGGAGAAAGUUUCCAGUAAUCAUCGGGAGAACCGUCACAGGAAGACUCUUGGCGGCAUGAUCUGGGAAUGGUACGAAGAAAGGAAGGAUGGAGUUGCACUUGAGAAGGCCGCGGACGGCGAGAUGCUGGAGCAGGUGCACAGUGGUGGAAGAGAGCUCUCAUGGUCCGAGGUGCGCCGUGCGCCUCUCGACGCUGGUGAGCAAAUGCUUUACCAACAGUACCUCGCUACAAAAAGAGAGCUGGAAGAUACCACUCAAACAGGAGGGCAGGAGAACGCCGACCCUGCCGCAGACGUACUUGACGACCAAUCUAGUUCGUCAUCAGAAGACUCGGAGACCGAGCAGCAGGGAAGGGUAUUGACCCUGUCCACAACCUUAGCUCAUGGUAACCGCAGUAAGCUGGGGCUCAGGGAUGAAGAUCUUGGUGUCAACAUCCUCUUACGACGGAAGAACGUCUAUGACUACGACGUCCGAGGCAAAAAGGGCCGCGAGCGGAUGUUCCCCUACGUGGCUCCUCGGAAGCGGGGUGAUGAGUAUGGUGAAUUCAUCAGACCCGAGGAAUAUCUUCGGGCGGAGGAGCGCGAGGAAGCUGAUAUGCAGCAACGUCGGACCGACUCCCAGAUGAGAUUAGGACAAAAGCGACGAUGGGACGAAAGCGGACCGAAUGGACGCCGUUUGUCUAGCAGUGGUGGCAAGCGCCACCAAGGACAAGGCGAGGCCUCGAAGAAGGAUAUCAGCACAGCGGAUGAGCUGAGCGUUAUGGAAGACGGCGAGGCCGCUGAUGCAGCUGCCUCUUCUGACGAUGAGCCGGAAGGUCAGGCAUUUGAAGGGCCGGCCAAGGUCGUCUUCGAGAAGGCGAGCCUGACCAUCAAAGCGCGCCUCGCGUUUGUGGACUUCACCGGUCUGCAUGACAAGCGCAGCUUAGAGAUGCUCAUUCCACUGAUUCAACCUCGCAAGCUGAUCCUGGUCGGAGGCAUGAAACAGGAGACGACGGCCCUGGCCGACGAAUGCCAGAAGCUCCUUGCAGCUAAGGUCGACGCCGACGUCCCCGCAUCCGCGGAUUCGGCAGUGAUUUUCACUCCGGUCAACGGAGAGACGGUCGACGCCAGUGUUGACACGAACGCUUGGAUGGUCAAGCUGAGCAACCACCUGUUCCGACGGUUGAAGUGGCAGCAUGUACGCAGCCUGGGUGUGGUCACCUUGACGGGACAGCUUCGGGGCCCUGAGUCUCAGCCUCAGCCCGCAACAGCAGAACAGGAUCAGGAGGGCCCGCACAAGAAGCAGAAGGUGUUGCCGCAGGAGGAGACGAAUCCUGCCACGGAUUCUGAAGCCGAGUCGACAAAGCAGCAGCAGCAGCAGCAGCCACCGCCACCGCCGCCGCCGACCGACAAAUCCGAUAUUUACCCCUUGCUUGAUGUUCUGCCGGCCAACAUGGCGGCGGGAACGCGAUCCAUGACCCGGCCUCUCCACGUGGGCGACCUCCGUUUGGCGGAUUUACGAAAGCUCAUGCAGGGGGCCGGGCACACUGCGGAGUUCAGGGGGGAGGGAACGCUGUUGAUCGAUGGGAUGGUGGCCGUGCGCAAGUCGGCGACGGGCCGGAUUGAAAUCGAGGCAUCGGCGCAGUCAGCAGCGAUGGUCCCCGGGCGUAAAGGGGCGGGUAGUUUCCUGGCGGUGAAGCAGAAGAUCUAUGAGGGACUGGCAGUGGUCUCGGGGAGUUGAUUGAUAUUUCCGGUCGGGAUGCGAAUCUGUACAAUUUUGUGGAUGUGUGUGUGUAUCUGUGCAAGACGAGCUUUGAUCUAAUCUA